AUGGAAAUUUGUAAAGGUAAACCAGGUUUUUUAAUCCCGAAUCUCACAUCUGCAACUGCGAUGGCUGCAGCCUCUGGAGAUGGGAAUGGUUCUAGUAGUGAUGGUGAUUCAGUCCAAAUGACAAUCUCUAAUAACAAUCAUCAUCAUCAUAACAAUAGCAACAACAACAACGGUAAUCAUUCAAGCGGGGGAAAUUCUUUAAUUAAUUUGAGUAAAACUGUAUCUAAACAUAAUAUGGAUUCAGAUUUAGGAUCUGUUAAAAUGUAUAUAAACAAAUCAUUAUCUGAUAAUGCUUCUGCUAAAUCGCCACUUUCGUUACAUUUGGAGAAUUCUGAGAUAACACAUGAACAUUUGAUAACUGAAUCAAAUAAUGCGCUACAACAACAUCUUCAUUCUCAUCAUCAUCUUAAUACACAAUUAAAAAGAAGCCCUCCACCGCUUAAUCCUGUCCUUACUCUUCCCUCUGUCACAACUACCAUUUCCAAUGGAUCAUUCUAUUGUAAUUCGUUAAAUACCAGUUCUAAUCAUCAAAUAAGAUCAGGUAAACGUCCAGCGCCUACAACGCCGAAGCGAUUAUCAACAAAUUCUACAGAUUUUCAUUUUGACGAUGACUGUGUCAGUAAUUCCGGUUCUGAUAUGGAUGCACAUGAGAAUUCGAGUUCCACAGAUGUUGAAGGUGUUUGGUCGAUGGAUAUAGAACAAUGUUUUCAGGAAGCUCUAGCAAUAUAUCCACCAUGUGGACGUAGGAAAAUUAUACUAUCGGAAGAGGGAAAAAUGUAUGGACGAAAUGAAUUAAUUGCUAGAUAUAUAUAUCAACACACUGGAAAGAUUCGAAGCAGAAAACAAGUUUCAAGUCACAUUCAAGUAUUGGCUCGUCGAAAAUCUAAAGAACUUCAAGCUCAGAUUAAGGAUCCUGAUACGAAACAACGAGCUAUUAUGCAUCUAUCAAUGCUCAGUUCCGCACAAAUUGUAUCUGCAGGAGUGCUUGGUUCCAAAACCUUACCGUCUAUCUCAACAUCUGGUGGAUUACCAGUGACAUCAUCUGGAAUUCAUCCAUCAACAGACGAUGAGAAGAUCAAUGAAAUUAAAUUGUCAAAUUCACAUCCUUUGAAUAUGACAAAUAAUCGAAGUGAUAUGCAUAGUUUAAUUGUUGAAGAUAUUGUCACUGAUAGAAGUCCUCAUAUUAAUGAUCUUAUACAUUCUAAUAAUAGAGAAUUAAAGAAUAAAAGUAAUGGUUUAUAUCUUGAAAAUCUACAUAAAUACCCCUCUUCAACAGCUAUCAAUAAUAAUGUUCAAAACAAUUUUACAAUUAGUAAUAAAAAUUUAGUUAAAGGUAAAUCUCAAGAAAACUGUUCAUAUUCUACAGUAAUACAAGAUGAUAAAACGACCCAAUAUAAUCAUAUCAAUUUAAAUCCCUCUAGUCAAGCUACACUAGCCCAUCUUCUUCCUAUAAAUUCAUCUUUACCACCGUAUUCAUUUGAUAUAAGACAACAAGGAAAUAUGGUGAAUAAUGAUAGUUCACAGUUAUCUUAUCCAUAUGAGGCAUUUUUAGCCUUGAGAUCUCAACAACAGUCAAAUUUAUUCAGUCGAAAUUCGGAUACAUUAGAUUUACAUAACAAACUUCUUGGACCUGUCGAUAGUAAACAGCAACACGAAAUCGAUUCAAAACAACUAAAUUUUCCCUUGGCGUUAGAUAACCUUAUGACAAUCACUUCAAAUAAUCAUCGAAAUCAGUCGUCUUCUCCAUCAACUUCAUCUUUAGUAAAUAAUGAUAAUCGUUUACAGUCCACAUUACCAAUAAAUAAUUCCUCUGUUAUAUUACCAAAUUUACAACCUGACGGACUAGUUCUUGUCAAAACAUCAGUUGGUCAGUUAUUAUACUGUCCAUCUAAUCACUAUAACAAUAAUAAUGAUAAUAAUAACGCGAUUCCUCAAAAAAUACAUAAUAGUACUACCACUAUCAACAAUAAUAUUGAUUCUUCCAUAUCCUCCUCAAAUUGCUCGUCAAUCUCUUCAUUAUCCUCAGUAGCGAGUUUUACAUCAACUCUUUCAGUGCCUAAUUCACUAGGCUCUUCAAUGACAUCAACCACACCAUCAGCAUCAGCAUCCGUAGCAAUGGCAGCUGCACAUGUUGCUUCAGUUGCAACCUAUGAACAACAAUGUACAUCAAUAACAUCUGUUUUAUGGCCAACAAAUUCUUUACUGUCAUCAUCACCAUCAUCAUCAUCUCAUCAUGCAUCUGUACUGUCAGCUAAAUCAAAUAUAAAUACAUUUCCUUCGACAGUUGUACCUAAACAAAAUCCAGUUUUAAUAGAACAAUUAAAUGUUAAUCAUGCUCACCGUAAUAACAAUAACAAUUAUAGUGAUUUAAUUGCAAAUGCAUUAGCAACUAAUAAACAACUAAGUGAUGAUGGAACAAUGAAUUUCUUACGAGAAAUUUCUUAUUCUUCAAUGAAUCCUUCAAGGGAUAGCGAUGAUUCUAUUUCAGAUUCCCCGAAAUAUUCUAGAAAAAUGAUUGUAGAGAGUGCAGAAAAAAAUAUAUCACUGUCAAAUGUAAAUGUUUCUACUAUGGUUACUAAUACAACACCAGAAGAUUUAAAAAAUAUCAACAUACCCAAAUGGAUGGGACGAUCAGUUACAGCACCUAAAAUGAGAUUGGUUGAAUUAAGUGCCUACAUGAUAAGUUCAACGUCGAAAUCCCAGUCCAAUGGAACUCAUACACAUGAUUUUCAUUUAACUACAACCCCAAAAUCGACGACGGUUGUACACAAUUUUGUUCACAUUGGACCCAUUUUAAACGAGCAAUUAUACACUGACCCAAAUUUGGAGCAAGUGGAUGCAAGUCAAAUCUGGGAUAAAUUUCCUGAAGACAGCCUAAAAGAACUUAUGGAACAUGGACCUAUGAAUACAUUCUUUUUGGUUAAAUUCUGGGCUGAUGUUAAUGUGAUGGUUGAACCAGAUGCCACAUUCGCUGUGUCAGCUAUUUUCGAGGGUACGGAAGACGUUCCAAUUAACUUAUCAACUAAAGUUUGCUCAUUUGGCAAAGAAGUAUUAGAAAAAAUAGAGGAUGAACAACCUAGACCCGAAAAUGGACGUUUUGUAUAUCGGUUUUUACGUAGUCCUAUGUGUGAUUAUAUGAAGAAAUUCAUUGGAAAGCUAUUACAAUUGCCUCAGCGAGAAUUAAUGAAUUCCGUUUUGGAGAACUUCACAAUUUUGCACGUACCGAUAUUCACAAUGUUUUAA